AGUGAGAUGCAUCAUCAGCUCAAAGCUGCUAGUGAAAUGGACGGGGUUGAUUGAUGGGUUUUAUUUAUAGAAAGCUGAUGCUUUUAGUGGAAUUAGUUGCUUUAGAACACCAAAAGGCUAUGGAGUUGUUUCUGGCGAGCUGAAAAGCACAACAUUACAUGCUUAUGAGAACAUUCGUGUCUAAAAAUAGGGAUCAGUGGUGACAUGUUCACCUGUGCAUGCAUGUGUGUGGGCUCAGCCAUGCUUGGUGGAUGAGAUUAUGCGUGCAGGUUUCCCUGAGGUGAUGUGUUAUUGCUCACCGAAAGCCUUUCAUCAUCGCAUGGCUGCUGAGGUUGUUUUGUUUUUUUUGUUUUUUUUUGCAGCUCUUCAUCUCUUUCUGUCUCUCACUGUUUCUAAAUGAAUAGCUGACCUGGGCGCUGCAGAAAAACAUCCAAUUUGUUUUACAACAAAGGCUACGAAUGUGACAAGGGGAUUGAGGGCAGAUUGGGAGAAAGAGACGAGGAGAAGGAGAAGCACAGGGAGCGAUGAGGAUUAUUGUCAGGGGGAAAUGAUGGUGAUAAGAAAGAGACAAAGAUGGGGGGAAGAAGGAUUCUGGGAAAAAGAUUGAGAUAAGAUGGGAAAAGAUGAGUGUAAACGACCAGGAAAACACGAGAGAAUAAUGAGAUUACAGGGAAGGAAAGGCAGGUUUUUAUAAAGCCUGUGUUUGAGGUAGAGAACCUGGCAGAGAGGAGGGAAGUUUACCUGUGAUGAAGGGGAAAAGGUGGAAAAAGGGGAGGAAGAGAAGGAGAGAGAGAGGUCAACGCGCUACAGGUAGAAAACGCUAGGGAGCUAAAGUUCGGGAGGUAUAGAGUGUCACCUAAAUUAUCAGGAGAUAGCAAGUGGGGGCAGAGGUGCUGGAACUCAAUCCCGGAGCCAAGACAGCAGCUGAUGAUAAAAACCUCCUCACCUGAGAGAGAUGGACAGAAGCUUGAUGAAACUCUGAGGAAAACAACUGGAGGAAAUACUUGGAAGGAAAGGAGGAAGCAGGAGAACAUUUGAGCCGUAGCAUUUUAACUCCUUUUGUGUUUCCCGGGACAAAGAGACAGCUGCAAUCACUGCGUGAAUGGGACUGAAUUUUUAACACAUUUUUCAGAGUUUAAGAAAAGAAAUCGGUCCAAGCUGACUUUUUUUGCGGUGGGAGGGGGAGUUUUAUUACACUUAAGACAUAAAGAGCUGGAGCAGAGGAGAGGAGAGCAGGGGAGAGGGAAGCGAGAGGGUGAGGGAGGGGGAGGGCGAGCGACGAAGAGAGAGAGUGUGUGUGUUAGCCCGUGACACCGAGAUGUUCAUGAUCAUUCGAGAGCCGGCAGCCGGGGGAGGCGCUGGAGCGAUGAGCGUGCCACAGGAGAGGAGCGCGAAACAGGUGCAGGCUGCCAUCAAGAAGAAGGUGGAGAAGCAAAAGAAGCGAACCAACGACCAGGGCGGGGGUGCCGGAGACGCUCAAGCUGCCGCUCGCAAUCAAAAAUCCAAAUUACCCCCGAUGACGGCAGCAGAGGCGGGUGAGGACAGCGAAGCGCUGGAGGAACAGCUGGAGGAGUUGAUGGAGGGACCGCGGAGGAGAGAGAAGGAGAAAGAGAAGGAGGAGGAGCCCGUCGACCUGCUGCCCAUAGUGGACUCGGUGUUUGGACAGGACAGAGAGCUGCGGCCAGAGGAGCUCGAAGAGCUCCGUGAGGCAUUUGUGGAGUUUGAUAAGAACAAAGAUGGCUACAUCAGUCACAAAGACCUGGGCGAGUGUAUGAGGACUAUGGGAUACAUGCCUACAGAGAUGGAGCUCAUUGAACUGAGCCAGCAGAUCUGUGGAGGUAAAGUGGACUUUGAGGACUUUGUAGAGCUGAUGGGACCCAAGAUGCUGGCAGAGACAGCAGACAUGAUCGGAGUCAAAGAAUUGCGAGAUGCAUUCAAAGAGUUUGACUCUAAUGGUGACGGCCAGAUCAGUUUAACGGAGCUGCGUGAGGCCAUGAAGAAGCUGAUGGGAGAACAAGUGACUAACCGAGAGAUCAACGAGAUCCUCAAAGACGCUGACCUGAACGGAGAUGGCCUGGUGGACUUUGAAGGUGUGGGAGGGCCUUCGUGGGAUCAGUUGACUGAUCGUGUUUAUCAUCCUCUGUUUCCCUCUCACUUCUUCUCUUGUCUCUUUCAGAGUUUGUGCGAAUGAUGUCCCGCUGACCAGUCCACGUGUCAGACAGACAUUAUGCAACUGCUGGCUAAGCAUCACACUACUCUGCAGUGGACAUCCUUCAUUUGCUCUUAAGAGCAUGCAUCUCAAAUUAUAUUUUUGUAUUAAAAAGUAAUGAAAAGAAAAAAAUGUUGUAGCUAACAAAGACUGCACAUGUACGAAUUUAAAGGUGUGAUAUGUACAGUAGAUAAACAUGUAAAACAUAUCAGCAGCUUCACAUUUACGAUUUUCAGUUUUUUAGAUGUAUUUUUAUAUGAGUGUUUGUUCUUCGAGUGUAAAAGCUUGUUUGUAAAAUCAUAGACAUGUUUUUAAUUAAUAAAACAUAUAUAAAAUGGACAAAUUGUUCAAUUAUUAUCACCUGAUACAUAAUUAAAGACCCAGA